AACAUCCGGUGCACGGAGGGCGGCGGUUCAGACUCUGAGAUGAUGGACACCGGAGGGAGAGACAGCGACAGCGAGGCAGAUGAUGACAGUGACUCACAGGAUGACAGCGACGCAGAGAGAGAUGAUGCUGAUGCUGACUCCAGGAUGACAUCAGAUCGCCAUGAUGACAGGGACGAGGAUAAACACACAGGUCGCAGCGUGCGAUUCGCUGACAUGCCGCCACUCAAAGAGAAGAGGAAGAGGAGGGUGAAGACGACGAAGAGCAUCACACCACUGCAGGCUAUGAUGCUCCGGAUGGCAGGUCAGUCUAUCCCAGAGGAUGAGGAGGAGGAAGAGGACGAAGAGGAGUACACAGACUCUGAGGAGUCGGAUGCUGAGGAUCAGGUCUCCACUGAAGCCACUCAGUCAUUGGUCAAUCCCAGACUUCCUGUUCCAUCUGCACCAAUGGCAGCGCAGCAGCAGCCUCCUCCACACAUGCAGGCUCCACCAAUCACAGGGCCUCCUCCUUUAGGACCGCCUCCUGCUCCUCCAAUGAGGCCGCCAGGACCGCCGUCAGGCCCGCCCCCAGGACCGCCUCCCGGUGCUCCUCCGUUCCUGAGACCCCCUGGACUCCCCGCGGCCCUCAGGGGCCCCAUACCACGCAUGCUGCCCCCGGGGCCCCCACCGGGACGCCCACCUGGACCCCCGCCCGGACCCCCCCCGGGUCUGCCCCCCGGACCCCCCCCCAGAGGACCCCCGCCACGCCUGCCGCCUCCGGCCCCCCCAGGAAUGCCCCCGCCCCCUCCGCCCCGCAUGGCUCCGCCCCUCUCUAUGUUCCCGCCUCCGCUCAAUCCCAACGUGCUCAGCGCUCCGCCCAGCAUCCGGCAGAAGUCGCCCGCGGCGACGGGCUCCUCCAGUGACUCCACCACCCUGGCCCCGCCUGCCCGAGGCUCCGCCCACCAGAUGCCGCCGCCCCCCGGCACCACAGCCACCAUCGAGAAGCGGGCCACGGUCUCGGGCCCCGGGGCAUCCUCGGCCCCACCAGGUGGAGCCACCAUCUCAGCCAAGCCUCAGAUCAUCAACCCCAAGACGGAGGUGACGCGCUUCGUGCCCACAGCGCUCCGUGUGCGCAGAGACCGGGCCCCGGGCCGCAGAGACGAAGAGCCGCCCAAACCAGCAGCUGCGGCCAGACCCCUGCAGCCUCCCGGCGCUGCGCCGCCUGGCAUCAAGACCAAGGACCAGAUGUACGAAGCCUUCAUGCGAGAGAUGGAGGGGCUGCUGUGAACUCCUGCACAUCCACCAGAUUGUGUUUUAUCUUUAGAUGUGAAUAAACGCCAGAUGUCAAACUCU